ACUAAAACCUUGUCUGUUACGGAAGAAGUUCCUUCCAUCAUACUGAAUCUCUUCUUUUCUAUUUCUUCUUUCUCUGUUACCACUUCCCAGUCCCACAAAUCCAUCAUGAACCUUCCAUUUCCCGCCAUUUUUAUCAUCUUCAUUAUCUCCAUCCCUUCAUCUAUCGCCGGCGCUGGCGUCGACGCCGUUUCGCGCCUUAUUGAGACCCAAGACCGCGAAAGAGCUCCUCCUUCCGUUCAGGAAGCCGCCGCGCGCGGCGUCCUCCUCCGCUUGUUGCCUUCUCUCUCCUCUAGCUUCCACUUCCAGAUCAUCUCCAAGAAGCAAUGCGAUGGUGAAUAUUGCUUCGUUAUCAAAAACCUUCCUUCUUUUGCGACACAAAAGGAUCCUCAAAUUCUGAUUGAAGGAACAACAGGAGUGGACAUAGUGUCGGGUCUGCACUGGUAUCUGAAGCAUUGGUGCGGUUCACACAUAUCAUGGGACAAAACCGGUGGUUCGCAGCUAUUUUCCGUGCCCAAUGCGGGCUUUCUCCCACGCGUUCCCCACUCUGGAGGGGUCUCUGUUCAGAGGCCUAUUCCGUGGAGCUAUUACCAAAAUGCAGUUACUUCUAGCUAUUCCUUCGCUUGGUGGGACUGGGAAAGAUGGGAAAAGGAAAUUGACUGGAUGGCUCUGCAGGGUGUCAACUUGCCUCUUGCGUUUACGGGACAAGAGGCUAUUUGGCGGAAAGUGUUCCAGGAGAAAUUUAACAUGAGUAUUUCUGAUUUGGAUGAUUUCUUUGGAGGUCCGGCAUUUCUGGCAUGGUCACGCAUGGGGAAUUUACAUGGAUGGGGUGGACCACUGCCACAGAGCUGGUUUGAUAAUCAAUUAAUCUUACAGAAGAAAAUUCUCGCCAGAAUGUAUGAGCUUGGAAUGACACCAGUGCUGCCAGCUUUUUCUGGAAAUGUCCCUGCUGCGCUAAAAUAUAUAUUUCCAUCAGCAAAAAUAACACGCUUAGGAAAUUGGUUUUCUGUAAAGAAUGACCUCAAAUGGUGCUGCACCUAUCUUCUUGACGCAACUGAUUCUUUGUUCAUUGAGAUUGGGAAAGCAUUCAUUGAGAAACAACUACAAGAGUAUGGAAGAACCAGCCACAUAUAUAACUGUGAUACUUUUGACGAGAACACCCCACCAAUUGAUGAUCCAGAGUACAUUUCAUCAUUAGGUGCAGCAAUUUUUAAAGGAAUGCAGAGUGGUGAUGAUGAUGCUGUUUGGCUGAUGCAGGGGUGGCUGUUUUCAUAUGAUCCCUUCUGGAGACCUCCUCAAAUGAAGGCCCUUUUACAUUCUGUUCCUGUUGGAAAGCUGGUGGUUCUAGACCUAUUUGCUGAAGUAAAACCCAUUUGGGUUACCUCAGAACAGUUUUAUGGAGUUCCCUACAUCUGGUGUAUGCUGCACAAUUUUGCAGGAAACAUUGAGAUGUAUGGGAUAUUAGACGCGAUAGCAUCUGGGCCGAUUGAUGCACGCACAAGUAUUAACUCAACAAUGGUUGGAGUUGGAAUGUCUAUGGAAGGUAUUGAACAGAAUCCCAUUGUCUAUGAUUUGAUGUCUGAAAUGGCAUUUCAGCACAAGAAGAUUGAUGUUAAGGCAUGGAUUGACAUGUAUUCAACUAGACGAUAUGGACAGUCACUUCCUUUGAUACAAGAGGGAUGGAAUGUCUUAUAUCACACUAUUUACAAUUGCACAGAUGGAGCCUAUGACAAAAACAGAGAUGUCAUCGUAGCAUUCCCUGAUGUUGACCCUUCCUUAAUUUCAGUACAUCAUGAUCAGUCUCGGCACUAUGACAUGCCCUCAGGAACAUUUAUCAAGGAAACGACCGAUACAUUUGAUCGACCACAUUUAUGGUAUUCAACUUCUGAAGUAAUCUAUGCAUUGGAGUUUUUUAUAACUAGUGGAGAUGAACUUUCUAGAAGUAAAACUUACAGGUAUGACCUAGUUGAUCUGACAAGACAAGUCUUGGCAAAAUAUGCAAAUGAAUUAUUCUUUAAGGUCAUAGAGGCAUAUAAAUCACAUGAUGUCCAUGGAACGACCCUUCUCAGCCAGAGAUUUCUGGACCUUGUGGAGGAUUUGGAUACACUAUUGGCUUGCCACGAUGGGUUUCUUCUGGGACCUUGGUUAGAAAGUGCAAAGAAACUAGCUCAAAAUGAAGAACAGGAGCGACAGUUUGAGUGGAACGCUAGAACGCAAAUCACCAUGUGGUUUGACAACACAAAGGAAGAAGCCAGUCUGCUUCGUGACUACGGAAACAAGUACUGGAGCGGGCUUCUGCAUGAUUACUAUGGCCCCAGAGCUGCUAUUUACUUUAAAUAUUUAAGAGAAAGCUUAGAGAAAGGGAAAGAUUUCAAGCUAAUUGAAUGGAGGAGGGAGUGGAUAAAGCUUACUAAUGAAUGGCAAAAGAGUAGGAACAUUUUUCCUGUGGAAAGUAAGGGAGAUGCUCUAAUCACUUCUCGGUGGCUUUUUAACAAAUACCUGAACGUCACCAAUCCUGAAACAAAGCUUAUACAGGAGUAAACAAUGAAAUUUCAACAAACUGUUCUUAGAUGUAUAAGAAACCAACACUUUCUCCAGAUUUUCAAUUCCCAUAAUCUCUUCCCAAAUUUCUUUUUCAAAUUUACUUUGCCAAUGUGGAAAGGAAACUAUAGUUUUCCAGUUCCUGCAAAUUGCAAAAACGUAAAGCAAGUGUGCCAGUUAUUCCUUUAUGCUACCAAUGGACUUGAAGUUUUGAAGACAGCCAUGUCUUAUUGUUGGGAAUAUAGAUGGAUUUCUUUAA